AUGGAGAAGUUCCAAGAGCUCAAACACGGCAAGAAGCUCACUUACAUUAUCUACGGUCUAUCGGACGACAAGACAUCCAUCAUUGUCAAGAACACUUCCUCAGACAAGGACUUUGAAAAGUUUGUGUCUGAAUUGCCAGAGGCAGACUGUGUUUGGGCAGUCUACGACUACGAAUUUGAAUUGAGUGCCGGAGAAGGAAAGAGAAACAAGAUUACCUUUGUCGCUUGGGCCCCUGAUGAUGCCAAGAUCAAAUCCAAGAUGGUCUUUGCCGCGUCUAAAGACGCUCUCCGACGACGCCUUGACGGAAUUCAGCUCGAGAUUCAGGCUACCUCCCUCGAUGAGAUUACUUCGGAAGCUCUCUUCGAGAAGGCCACUCGACGAUAG